AGUCUUAUUAAAAGCGGAGCCACGAUCGGAAGUCCGGGAAUUCGUGGAACGCGCUCGUUAUUGUCCCACAAGUCGUGAUCUAAGAGAAAGAGAGAGUGAAACAAAAAGAGAAAACGAAAAAUUUGAUACAGUAAUUCAAACUAAUUUCCGGCACGAAAACCAAUCUAAAAGAAAGCAGCAGCGGCACAGCAGCAUGACGGCCAACGGGGAGCCCGGCGCGAACAGCGACGAGAGCAGCUUGAACACUUUGCCUCUGCCGGACAUCCGCACCUCACCCAUGCCCAACGGCAACAGCAAUAGCAGCCACAAGAGCUCCACUGUCAUCGAGAGCCAGCCCAAGCGGCGGGUCAGCAUCAUAGCCGAUCCGCCGAUGAUCGGCGGCGCCAGCGGCGGGGCCGCCGGCUACGACAAUCUCGCCUACGAGCAGAAUCCCAGACGCAAAAUAUCCCAGACGUCGACGCAUUCGCACACCGAAAUCGGCCCAGCCAGAAGAAGAAGCAUUCUGAAAGAGCCCUCGCUGCAUACCAAUGACAACGAAAGCGAUCGCGGAUCAACGCACAGCUAUGAAAACUAUCGGCAAAGUGCAUUGGAUGUGCUCAAUGCCAAGUACCAGGGGCAUCAGCAUCAGCCGCCGCAGUCGCAGGACGGGGCUAACUAUGUGGAGGACUCGUGGAUCUACACCUUCUGCCUGAAGUGUCGCGGCGAGGAGCCAAGCGAGUCCUGGGAGCCGUCCUUCUGGCAGAAAGUCUUUCCCUACCCGCUCUGUCCCACCUUCAGGACAUUCUCUCGCCUCAUCGUUCUCAUUCUGAUUGGUCUACUACUCUGGAUUGUAGCUUUUGUGAUCAUUGGGGACACAGCUGCCCCGGGUGGGCAGCUCUUCAGCCUGGUGGUGCUCACGGUGGCCGCCAAUUUCGGUGGCUACAUAAUAUCCCUGACCACCCUGCCGCGUCUCAUUGGCAUGCUGCUGGUGGGCAUACUCUUUCAGAACGUCGGCUGGGUGGAUCUCGAAGGGGACUUCUCGAAAGUGACCGGGCAUUUGCGCAAGUUUGCCCUGACCAUAAUCCUGACUCGAGCUGGCCUCGAAAUGGAGCCGGAAGCCUUCAAGAAGGUCUACAAAACGAUUCUCAAGCUGGGCAUCGUGCCCUGGAUCGUGGAGGCGGCUGUCAUGACGGUCAUGUCGCACUAUCUGCUCGACCUGCCCUGGAUGUGGGGCUGUCUGCUGGGCUCCAUCAUUGCCGCCAUCUCCCCGGCUGUCGUCGUGCCGUGCCUCUUCAGGCUGCGCACCAAGGGCUACGGCGUGGUCAAGGGCAUUCCCACCUUGGUGGUGGCUGUGGCCGGCGUGGACGAUGCCCUCUCCGUGGCCAUCUUCGGCAUCAUCAGUACAAUCAUGUUCUCCGACAAGGGAGUGGGCUACCAGAUUGCCCAGGCACCCGUCUGCAUUCUGGGCGGUCUGGCCUUUGGCGUCAUCUGGGGCUCCAUUGCGCGCAUCUUUCCCGAGAAGGGCGACGCCUAUGUGGUGCCCCUUCGCACGCUCAUGCUGUUCGCUGGCAAUCUGGUGGCCAUCUAUGGCAGCGAGGAGCUGGGCUUUGAGGGCCUUGGGCCGCUGGGCGUGGUCUUCUCAUCCUUCGUAUCGAAUCUGUUCUGGUGCAAAGACGGCUGGGAUGUCGACGACAAUCCCGUAUCGACGGCCUUCGAGAUCUUCUGGAUGAUCUUCGAGCCGAUUCUCUUUGGCCUCACCGGCGCCACCAUCAAAAUCGACGAGCUGGACUCGCACACAGUUUCCAUUGGCGCGGCCUGCAUCUUCGCAGGCGUCGUCAUACGCAUCUUCAUCACGGCUGGCAUUGCCGUCGGCGAUCGGCUGAACACCAAGGAGAAGUUCUUCGUGGGUCUCUCCUGGAUGGCCAAAGCGACGGUGCAGGCUGCCCUGGGGCCCGUCGCACUGAAGAAUCUGGGUAGCGAUGCGACGGCCGAGGAGCGCAAAUGGGCCGAAAUUGUGCAGACCGUUUGCGUCUUCAGCAUCGUCCUCACAGCUCCACUCGGUGCCAUCCUGAUAUCCAUAACGGGCACCAGAAUGCUGAAGAAGACGAAGCAGCCGCAGAUCCUCACCGGCUGGCGACGCAGUCAUCGUCCCUCCAUACGCGACAUCAGCAUCAUCGACGAGGAGGAGGAGCGCGAAGAUCCCGAGACGCCCAGGGAUAAGGAGACCGACGACAAUACCCAGAGCAAUGCCCACUUAACAAAUCUAUCGUACACCGCAAACAAGUAGAGUCCUCCUGUGAUCUGCUUCUGCUCCAGUUAUUGUUGGCCUAAGAUAAAAUGUUGAUUGUUAUUAUACGAAACCUUAGCUUAGUGGAAUCACAUUCCAGAUAUAAUAAUUCCAUAAUAAUAAUAAGUUCAAAACCAA